GGCAAAGCCCAAGGCAGGGCAGAGGCUUCAGCAGACAUCAGUACGCGUGCGCAGCCCACGGGCGCAUGCUCAGAGAGUGAUCGCGCAGGGGCGCAGAGGUGGACGUUACGCCGGCAAGAUGGCGAAGGUCUCGGACUUGUACGAUGUGACCUGGGAAGAGAUGCGUGAUAAAAUGAGGAAGUGGAGGGAAGAAAACUAUCGGAACAGCGAGCAGAUAGUGGAAGUUGGAGAAGAAUUAAUUAAUGAAUAUGCAUCUAAGCUUGGGGAUGACAUAUGGAUAAUAUAUGAACAGGUGAUGCUUGCUGCCCUGGACUGCAGUCGGGAUGACUUGGCAUCGUUUUGUCUUCAGGAGCUAAGGCGACAAUUCCCCGGGAGCCACAGAGUUAAGCGAUUAACUGGCAUGAGAUUUGAAUACAUGGAAAGGUACGAUGACGCCAUCCAGCUAUAUGACAGAAUUUUACAAGAAGAUUCAACCAAUACAGCAACAAGAAAGCGUAAGAUUGCCAUUCGAAAAGCCCAGGGGAAAAAUGUUGAGGCCAUCCGAGAGCUGAAUGAGUAUCUGGAACAAUUUGUUGGGGACCAAGAAGCUUGGCAUGAACUUGCAGAACUUUACAUCAAUGAGCAUGACUAUGCAAAGGCGGCCUUCUGUUUGGAGGAGCUUAUGAUGACUAAUCCACACAACCACUUAUAUUGUCAGCAAUUUGCUGAAGUUAAAUAUACCCAAGGCGGGCUUGAAAACCUUGAGCUAUCAAGAAAAUAUUUUGCACAAGCAUUGAAACUGAACAACAGAAACAUGAGAGCUUUAUUUGGACUAUACAUGUCUGCCAGCCAUAUUGCUUCCAAUCCUAAAGCAAGUGCAAAAAUGAAAAAGGACAAUAUGAAGUAUGCCAGUUGGGCAGCUAACCAAAUCAACAGAGCUUAUCAGUUUGCAGGUCGCAGUAAGAAAGAGACUAAGUACUCUCUGAAGGCAGUGGAAGACAUGUUGGAAGCCCUGCAAAUCACUCAAUCUUAGGCUGUCACAAAAAGAUCUAAUGUUAGAUUUUACAACUCCAUGUUCAACCUUUAAUGAUCUAUGAGUUAUGUUACUUUAACUAACAAUGGAAUUAGGCAUUUAAUGUGCUAUCUUAAAGGAUGUUUUUAUGAAAAUGUAAAAUGUCUAUUUAUUGCUGCUGUGAAGAAGACACAAUGAAAACUCACUGAAAUGUGUAACUUAUCCCAGGAAGAUAACAAAGAAAUUAAAUGUAUUGCACAUCAGUCUCUUUAGAUCUUGUAUGUACAGUAACUGCUUUUUAAGCCAUAACCUGAUGUAGAAAUAAACUUGUUAAAUGAUCAAGUACAAUUAUGUAUUGGGCCUGCAGACUUAUACAUAUAGAUGAAUACCAUAUGUUAGAUAAAAUUAUCUUAAUUGAAUACUUGAGUUAAAAUGUGGUAAAAGGUAAACAAUUACUGAGCAGUAUUCAUUAUACAAACAUGAAUCAUUACUGUACCUGUGCAGUUUAUUCAAGAAUAAAUUUGAUAUUAAAGUUUU